UUUACAAAUAUAUCAGUGCAAAACCAAAACGCAACUGAUCGGCUGUCAACAACGCCAUGACACCUUCCGAAUGUCAAACUUAUCGUAGGCAGAUUCCUAAUCUAUUGCGUGCGAUGAAUUUGUGUUUAUUUCGACCUAAAAUAAACAGGAACCGCUGAUAUUCACGUAACUUUCGUCUUUCGACGUAUUAAGCUAUCCGAAUAGAACAUAACAGAUACAUAACAACUAGAACACCCAAACCUCUUGUAGAAGCUUGAGUGUGUAAGAAAGAGAAGAGUGAGGAGUGAGAGGCCAGAGAAGCAUCAACUCCGAUGAUGUCUCUUAAGCCGAGGAACAUUGACUUCCAGGAGACGUGGGCCAACUUGCGUGAAACGGUGGCCGGAGUGGUGGGUCUCCGUGCGGUGGAGCGCGGCGUGUGGAACCUUCGCUUUAGCGACGUCUACGCGCUCUGUGUGGCCCACCCGGAACCGCUUGCGGAUCGGCUUUAUGACGAAACUAGACGAUUUCUAGAAGAGCAUGUGGAGGGCUUGCUGGAGAGGGUCCGCGGCUCCUCCCCCCUUGAGAACAACGACCCUUAUGACGGACUACUAGACCGUUACGUGGAGGCGUGGCGUGAAUACUCCGAAGGCGUGGCUUAUCUGAACAGCCUCUACUCUUACCUCAACUUACAACACGUCAGGAGGCAGAAGGUGUCAGACGCUGAGAUAAUAUACGGAUCGGCCGCAACUGUCAGCUGUCCUGACAGUGACUCGCGGCAACUAGAGGUGGGCGAGCUGGGCCUGGUGAUCUGGGAGCGAGUCCUGGUCCGGCCGCUGUCGGGCGCGCUGUCCGCGCGCGUGGUGGCCGCGCUCGGCGAGGCGCGCGCCUCCGCGCCCGACCCCAAGCACGCCGACGUGCUGCGCCGCGCCAUCCAUAGCGCUGUCGACGUACAAUCGUUCAGAGUACGCGCUCCCCUCGCCCUGUACCAGCAACUGGUCUUAGAGCCGUACCUGACCCAAGCCCAGGCGGCCCACGCGCGCCUCGCGGCGGACUUACUGCGCGCCGGCGAUAUCUCACACUACAUGCGGGAUGUCUUACAAGGUCUCCAACGUGAAGUGGCCCUGGGUGCCCGUUUUCUCCACUCAUCCUCCACCGAAGCGGUGAGGGGAUGCUACGAGCGGGCGGCCGUCGCGGCGCACCUCCCCGCCCUGCACGCCGAGUGCGCCACCCUCCUCAAACACGCCACGGACGACACCCGGCCGGACAACGCUCAGCACCGCACAGACCUACGUCGUAUGUACACUCUUCUCCGUCCACUCGGAGCCAAUGCUCUUCGCCCAUUGGUGGACGCGGCCCACGCCCAGUGUGCCAAAGAUGGGACGGAGUUACUCCAACAUAAGCAUACUAAAGACGAGGCCCACACCCACUUCGUAUCCUCCAUGGUAUCCCUCCACACAAAAUACUCGGCGCUGUUCGCGGAAGUGUUCGACAACAACCAGGCGUUCCUAGGCGCCCUGGACCGGGCCUGCUCCAGCGUCGUCAACUCGCGCCCCGACGACCACAGCCCGCCGAGGGCGCCCGAGUUACUAGCUAGAUACUGCGACGCCCUGCUGAGGAGACGCGGAAGCGAAGCGGAACCGGAAGCGCGCCUCGCCGCCGCCAUCUUGGUUUUCAAGUACAUCGACGACAAAGACGUCUUUCAGAAGUACUACGCCAGGGCCCUGGCCCGGCGGCUCAUUCAUCAGCUGUCUGCUAGUAUGGAACAGGAAGAAGCAAUGAUCAACCGCCUAAAAGCUGCCUGCGGUUACGAGUUCACCAAUAAGCUGCAUCGCAUGUUCACCGAUGUUGCUGUCUCAGCUGACCUGAACAACAAGUUCCAACAACAUCUGAGAGAGCAGGAACAACCUCAGGCAGGCAUGCCAGGGUUCAGUGUGCAGGUGCUGCAGGCGGGCGCGUGGCCGCUGGGCGGCGCCAUGGCGCCCCUGGCGCCCCCCGCCGCGCUGGAGCGCCCCGCGCGCCAGUUCGAGGCCUUCUACCGCGCCUCCUUCAGCGGCCGCCGCCUCGCCUGGCUGCACCACCUCUGCACCGGCGAGCUGAGGACCAGAUACACGCCUCGCCCGUACCACCUCAGCGCCAGCACUCCACAGUGCGCUCUCCUACUAUGUUUCGAAACGGUGGAUUCUCUGGCGGCCAAAGAGCUGAGAGCCAGACUGCAGCUGACGGGAGACGCGUGGACGAGACAGCUGAGACCUCUCCUAGAAGCCGGCUUGCUUUUAGCACAGGGGUCCGCGGGGCGCGGGGAGGGCGUGCUCACGCUCAACCUCAACCUCAGCUCGAAGCGGACCAAGAUACGGCUCACCACCGCCGCCACACACCAGGCCGCUGCGGGCACCGGUGCCAGUAGCACGAACAACCCGGAUUCGGCCGAGUCGACACACUGCGACGACGACCGCAAAAUGUACCUGCAGGCCGCGCUAGUGCGCGUCAUGAAACAGAGAAAGGUACUACGCCACAACGAGCUGAUCCAAGAAGUGGUGUCACAGGCGCGUGGCUCCUUCGCGCCGUCCGUCGCAAUGAUCAAGAAAUGUAUCGAGGCCCUUAUAGAUAAGCAGUACUUGGAGCGCGCGCCGGGACGUCUUGAUACUUACAGUUAUCUAGCUUAGAUCUAACCUCUCUUUAGACUACCUAGAUAGUGUCUCGUUCGUACUCUUCUUUCUCGCGUUAUCCCGGCAUUUCGCCACGGCUCGUGGGAGCCUGGGGUCCGCUUGGCAACUAAUCCCAGGAAUUGGCGUCGGCACUAGUUUUUACGAAAGCGAUUGCUAUCUGACCUUCCAACCCGGAGGGGAACUAGGCCUUAUUAUGAUUAGUCCGGUCCACACGAUGUUUUCCUUCACAGAAAAGCUACUGGUAUAUAUCACAUGAUAUUUCGUACAUAAGUUCCGAAAAACUCAUUGGUACGAGCCGGGGUUUGAACCCGCGAGCUCCGGAUUGAAAGCCGCUCGAUCUUACCGCUAGGCCACCAGUGCUUGUGUCUCGUUCGUACUAAUCUACGAAACUACUUUUAAAUGGCGGGGGAAAUUGCCUUUUGACGCUCCGCCAUUGAUAAGGGAGUGACUUAUAAAUUUUACCAUAAAUUUGUCUAUACGUACAGAAAACUGCAGAGAUAUCUAACCAGCUGCAUAGAAACUUGUUUGCAAGGGGGCCAGUUAUAUCUGCGGCUUAGGUCCACUUGCACUAUCCCACUAACCCGGGGUUAAGCGGUUAAACCGUUAACCCAGUGCCAAAUUGUACUGGUAACCAUGGUAACUACAGGUUUAACCGGUUAAUCCCGGGUUAGUGGAAUGGUGCAAGUGGUACGUGCUUACUGUACAGUCAACAACAGAGCUAUGAAUACAGGCAAAGUGCCAAAAAUAUGUAUACACGACCUUAAUGUACAGGCAAUAAAGUACUGUAUACAUAUUUUUGACACUUUGCCUGUAUUCAUAGCUCUGUUGUUGACUGUACAUGUCAAAAUAGUGACUUAGGUUUGUACAGCGCACCACUACACUACACUACGGCGGAUGUAUGUGUACCUACAGGUAUUUUAAAGGUCGGCCAACUCUGAAACUUCGUGCAUCCAUAGGCUACGUUUGUUUGAGAAAUGCGACCCUGUAGAAGACACCUGGCGGAUAUACGAAAGCAUUUGGUCCAAGCUAGAAGGGAAUCGCUUCAGUCGCACAUUGCGCUCGUUCGGUCAAAUAGCUUUCAAAGCUCUAGACUCAGACUGACCUAAUUCGGCAGCGAUUUUUUAGCAGAGACUUGUAUGAAAUUAUGACCUUUGAAAUAACACUUGCACAAUCUGUGCUGUAAAAAUCGCUGCUAAGUUAUCAUGGUCUGACUACAUCGUUCUCAGAAUAUCCAAUAUAAUCUUGUAAAAUGUAUAGAAAUAAAAUAAAACCCAAUUUGGCGAAUGAGUUUUUAUGACGUGCGAGACAUGUUAUUUUUAACUUUUACAAUAUAAUAAAAAAGUUUCAUAAUAUAUUAGAGUAUUGUAGAUGGAUUGUACUGUGUAAAGUUGAUUAUGUUAUGGGCCAAUAAAUAUAUUA